AUGUCCGAGCGUCACGGGGAAGGAAAUGACGAUAAUGAGACGAGUCCCGCGUCUACGGUGUCGCAGGGACGUCGGGCGCGAGCGAGGGCGGAGUCUGACGGCGACAGUGGCCAACCCGCUGUGCCUCGCAGAAGAGUGGAGGAAACGCGGCGACCACAGUGGGGCCUUUUCAGUUGGGUGGAAGAUGUACUGCUGGGGGGAGAGGCCCGCGGCAAUUACAUGAAGCUGAAUGAUUUUCUUCGGAGGCAUAUCGGCCCCAGCGCAGUUGUCGAUGAAAGAUACAAUGUGACGAUGGAAGUAUUUUUAGUGGAGCCCAAGACUUACGUACAGGAUCAGAAGCUGCUUGAAGAAAUUUUUAAUUUGUCAGAGUAUCAAGUGCUGCAAGAGAUGCGCGGACUUCGACGGGAUACGUACAAUGUUUCUCAAAUGGGUGUGCGCUCUCUCAGACAGUGGAGGGACUUUGAACGGAAGGAUAUGGUCAGUCCUCUUGCAAGGAGAGAACUCGAUGCG